GAUUUUUUUUUUUUCGAAGUUAGCAUAUCUUUUUCUUUGCACAAUUAGCAUAUGCACGCAAAUUUGGAUUAGUACCUUUGAGUCAGUAUAAUACUUUCUUAAGCCGAUGUCAUAAACUGCACUGGCAGAAAUGCAACAAAUAAGCUGAUGAAAUGUUAAAAGCUAUAGAAAAAUAAGGGUAAGAAGAAGAUUUUAGGAUACUAACCAUAACAAUCUGGAUUGGGAAUAAACAUUGUAGUAUUAGGGAAAGCAUGAUUUAUACCAAUGAAAGCUUGUCUGCAAAAGACCUUGUAAUUGUAGGUUGAUGUCAUCCGCAGUUGGUCUAAACACCUGUUUGGAGCUAAAAAAAAUUUACCAAGAGCCAUCAGCAAAGGUAGGAGACACAUCUUUCCCACCACUGUUAAAAAAUAAAAAAGUUGCCAAGUGAGUAUGUUCUUAAUGAUAUAAUGUUUAUUACUCUAUCCAAAAAUCUAAGCUUUUACUUUUCUAGUAGACAAAACUAAGCUGCUCAUCAAACUCAUGUCAAGCAGUAGCAAGAGAUGCUUAAAACUACUGGAGCGAUGCAAGAACAUGAACCAACUAAACCAAGCUCAUGCACAAGCAAUCACAUGUGGCCUUGGCACCAACAAUUUUGCUUUAAGCAGGCUCUUAGCUUUCUGUGCAAACCCAAAUCAUGGAAGCCUUACCCAUGCCUGGAACCUCUUCCAACACAUUCAAAACCCCACAAUUUGUAUCUGCAACACCAUGAUCAAAGCUUUCUUUGUCAAAGGCGAAAUCUUUAAAACGAUUCGUUUGUACACUAACAUGUUGAAUAAUGGCAUGUACCCUGAUAAUUAUACUUUGCCUUAUGUGUUAAAAGCUUGUGCAAAGUUGCAAUAUUUUUGCUUUGGAGAAUUGGUUUACGGUCAUUGCUUGAAAUUGGGUUUUGUGUUUGAUAUUUUUGUGGGUAAUGCUUUGAUUGCUAUGUAUUGUGGAUUUGAUAAUUUGAAAGUAGCAAGGUCCAUUUUUGAUGAGAUUCCUAAGCUAGAUGUUGUUUCAUGGACAGUUAUGAUUUCUGGGUAUGGGCAAAUGGGUGAUAUUGACACUGCAAGAUUGCUUUUUGAUGAGGCUCCGGUGAAGGAUAGAGGAAUUUGGGGUGCUGUGAUUUCUGGAUAUGUAAAAAAUAAUUGUUUUAAAGAGGGUCUUUAUCUGUUCAGGCUAAUGCAAAUGAAUGAUAUAGAGCCUGAUGAGGCUAUAUUUGUCAGCAUUCUUUGUGCCUGUGCUCAUUUAGGUGCUUUAGAUACUGGAAUUUGGAUUCAUAAAUAUCUGGAUAAACAAAAGUUCCCGUUGAGUCUUCGUUUGAGUACUUGUCUUGUGGAUAUGUAUGCGAAAUGUGGGAAUUUGGAUAUGGCUAAAAAGCUGUUUGAUGAAAUGCGGCAAAGAGAUGUUGUAAGCUGGAAUGUAAUGGUUUCUGGGAUGGCAAUGCAUGGAUAUGGAGAAAGUGCACUUGAACUGUUUAGGCAAAUGGAGAAUGAUGGAGUCAGGCCUGAUGACGUUACUUUUAUUGCUGUUUUUAGUGCUUGUAGUUAUUCUGGCAUGGUGUUUGAAGGUCUAAGGAUAUUGGAUAUAAUGUGUAAUGUGUACAAAAUUGAGCCUAAAAGUGAGCAUUUUGGGUGUAUAAUUGACCUACUUAGCCGAGGUGGGCUCUUUGAAGAAGCAAGUCAAAUAAUUCAAAGAAUGCCCGAUUCGAGCAAUCCCUCCAACGAAGCCAUUGCCUGGAGAGCACUGCUGAGUUCCUGCUAUAGUUACGGACAAACCAAACUGGGUGAGGUCGCUGCUGAGAAGCUUAUGGAGCUAGAAGAUCAUAGUGGUGCAUAUGUUUUGCUCUCAAACCUGUAUGCAGCGUCAGGGAAACAUUAUGAUGCCAAAAGAAUAAAACAGAUGAUGAGAAGCCGAGGGGUGAAUAAGGCACCAGGUUGCAGUUCUGUCAAGAUCAAUGGGAUAGUUCAUGAGUUUAUUGCUGGGGAGAAAAGUCACCUUCAAAUGGAGGAAAUACACUUGAUAUUGGACAAGUUAGACAAGCAAUUGGAUUAUGCAGGGGAAAUAUAUUCGGCUGAUUAACAGUACAAAUUGAGGCUAAUCCGUU